AUGUUUCAGCGACAAACACCCUACCGCAAAGAGCAAGACACCAGAGUCAAUCCAUUUCCUUUGCCGUCUCACAAAACCUCGUGGACCCAAACGGCCUCCAAUACUCAACCAACCACCGGCCGCACCAUCAACCCCGUAUCGCAGCCGGCCGCACAAAAUGCGAAUACCACGCCGGUGACCAUGUCACCACCGCGGCCAUCUCUUGAACCCCCACAACGGUCCUGGAAUAAAGUGUUGACAGCAGGGACUCAGAUUUUUGGAACAAGACCUCGUGCAAACACCUCCUCAUCGAAUCACAGUCGUUCCUAUAGCGCAGCAGACGCAACAAAUGGAACAUUACCUUGUAGUCGACCACCAUCAUACAACAAUACUCCGCCCUCUGAUACUGCAGCAACCUAUACCUUCUCUCAAAUAAACACCAGCAACGCAAUGCUUGUCGUCCCACGCCAUACUUCUGGCGAAACGAGUCCGAUUUAUUAUAUUUCCGUCGGAUAUGACCCUUUCCUUCCGACAUGUAUGAUGACAUCUAUAUUCAGAGGGUCGAACGAUCAAGGCGCUUACGUCGGUUCUUUUCACACAACAUUGCUCGAACGGGACAAUUCCGGUCAAGCAAUAUCUAUCCGGGGGGUGGAAGGCAAGCAAUCAGACGUAUUCAGAAAGGGUUCAAAGAAGAAAAGCGGCAAUAACCAAACUUUCGAAUGGGGCGGGAAAGAUAUCACUCAAACACGUUUGCAGUGGACAUGCCCGGACUGGCCUGCCCCAGGGACCUUCACGUGUCGCAACUCCCUCGAUAACCGCGUUCUUUUCGAUCCUGCUCUUAGAACGCCGGCGAUUGUCACUGCUUUCCAUGUCUUCAUCCGAUACAACACCCCACAAUCAAUUGAACAAGAAUGCCUUAUAGGCGACGGCGUAGAGAUCAAGAUGGUGGAUUUGGGAGGGGAACUGUCGACCAUCACUCUUCGCCUCUCGUACGGACCGCCACACACGUCAAUAGGACGCAAUUUUGCCAAGAAGCCCAGUAUUAUUUGCACCGUGACUCCGACUGAGGUAUCGCCGGGGUUGUGUAUCACCGGCCAGAAAGAAGCAAGUAUCGCUGUCUUUGCAGUCUGCCAAAUUGCGACGAAAAAUUUGAUCAUCAUCGUCAUCUAA